ACUCGGCUCAAAUGGAUGGCGCAGAGUGAAGAACUUCGAAACUUGUCCCUUUCUGGCCAUGUUGGAUUUGACAGUCUGCCUGACCAGCUGGUCAACAAGUCUACGUCUCAAGGAUUCUGUUUCAACAUCCUGUGUGUUGGCGAGACAGGAAUUGGCAAAUCCACAUUAAUGGACACUUUAUUCAACACUAAAUUUGAAAGUGACCCGGCUACUCACAAUGAACCAGGCGUCCGGUUAAAAGCCAGAAGUUACGAGCUUCAGGAAAGCAAUGUUCGGCUGAAGCUAACCAUCGUUGACACCGUGGGGUUUGGAGACCAAAUAAAUAAAGAUGACAGCUAUAAGCCGAUAGUGGAAUACAUUGAUGCUCAAUUUGAAGCCUACCUGCAAGAGGAAUUGAAGAUCAAACGUUCUCUCUUCAAUUAUCAUGACACAAGGAUUCAUGCCUGCCUUUACUUCAUAGCCCCUACAGGACAUUCACUAAAGUCCUUGGACCUGGUCACCAUGAAAAAGCUGGACAGUAAGGUGAACAUCAUCCCAAUAAUUGCAAAAGCAGACACAAUUGCCAAGAACGAACUGCACAAAUUCAAGAGUAAGAUCAUGAGUGAGCUUGUCAGCAAUGGGGUCCAAAUAUAUCAGUUUCCAACAGAUGAAGAAACGGUGGCAGAGAUCAAUGCGACAAUGAGUGUCCAUCUCCCGUUUGCAGUGGUUGGCAGCACUGAAGAGGUGAAGAUCGGCAACAAGAUGGCAAAAGCCAGGCAGUACCCGUGGGGUGUGGUGCAAGUGGAAAACGAAAGCCACUGUGACUUCGUGAAACUACGGGAGAUGCUGAUCCGUGUGAACAUGGAGGACCUGCGGGAGCAGACGCAUGCCCGGCAUUACGAGUUGUACCGGCGCUGUAAGCUUGAGGAGAUGGGGUUCAAGGACACGGACCCCGACAGCAAACCCUUCAGUCUUCAGGAGACGUAUGAAGCUAAAAGGAAUGAAUUCCUGGGGGAGCUGCAGAAGAAAGAAGAAGAAAUGAGACAAAUGUUCGUUAUGAGAGUGAAAGAGAAAGAGGCUGAACUUAAAGAGGCCGAGAAAGAGCUUCACGAGAAGUUUGACCUCCUAAAGCGAACACACCAAGAAGAGAAGAAGAAAGUGGAAGACAAGAAGAAGGAGCUGGAGGAGGAGGUGAACAACUUCCAGAAGAAGAAAGCAGCAGCUCAGCUACUACAAUCCCAGGCCCAGCAGUCUGGGGCCCAGCAAACCAAGAAGGACAAGGAUAAGAAAAAUGCAAGCUUCACAUAAAGCCUGGCAAGCCAAGGAUGUUCCCGCAUUCACCUGCUUUUGCAGUAAUAGUGUACCUCUGCCAUCCGUGUCCUUUGAUUUUAUUUUGUUAUUUACCCUUCCCCAAACACCAGUAACUCUUAACUCGUUUUGCUGAAUGUUGUUGGGUGGUGGAAAACGAUAGCACAAGGGAAUGACAGCCAAAACUCUGUGCAGCUGGACUUUGUUUCUGGAAAGUAAAUGGUUGCAAAUGGUUGCCUUUUAUGCCUGUUCCCAGUGGCAGCAGGACGCAUGCCUGUUACUUGUAUGUCGCUUUGAACGGAGGAAAGUGGGGUAAAAUGCUGCCUGUACGUCUGACGUGAAAACUUCUCACCGCCUCAGCAGCUGAACUAAAACCCUCAAUAGCCCUGAGAACAACUUGCAUUUUUUAAUUAUUCAUCUCCAUGAUUGCACAGUCCCUGAACUCUGUGUCUGUCUUCCACACCAUCCCCAAAGUAAGGUAGCUUAGUAGGUAGGCAGGAUGGCAGUAGCACUGUAGAUGACUUAUUCAUGCAUGAAUUUUUCAUUUUACACUAACAUUCUGUCCACUGUCGGGUUGAGACUUCAUCGGAACACCCGCCUGUCAGAGCCUGGCCACAUUGCUGUGACCGUGCUCCUGCUUACUAGUGUAACCUUGAUCCUCUCACAGAUUGAGAUCUUGUUGCUUGGUAGAAGACUCUUCCACCAAGGACAGUGGACGCCCCACAGCUUGCCCACUGCUUUCAGUAGGAGUCUUUCAUAAACACAUCCACAUUUGCUCUCAGCGGGCAGAGGGGCAAGACCUUGUGACUGAUUCCAGGCUAUGGGCACUUUUAAUGGUUUUUCACUAAUCAUGAGAAAAGUGCUGCAAAUACUUCAAAUAGAAAAUUUGUUAUAAACCUUGUGUCAUCAGCAGCAAAUUUGAGAGGACCUUGUCAACUUAAGGUCCAACUACAAGAAGGAACAUAGCAUGAAUCAAAGAAGGCAAAAUUCAGCCUCCUAGCUUUCUUGCUGAUGUUUGGACUCCAGGUAUCUUGAAGGGAUUUUCCUGUCUUGGCCCCGCAUCAUUCCUCCUACUCUUGUGUCCCAGGGCCAUCACCUCACCCAGGAUUAGGCCUGACUCGGGUGCCAGGACACACGCUUGCUGCCUGAUUGCUAUCGAGAAGGGCAUGUUUAAUCUCCCUUCUGUGCUUCCCCUUCCUAAUGCUUGAUCCCACUGCAACAGAGGCCUCUGCUUCCUCUCUGGAGCACCUCCCGUGUUACUAGAGAGGGUAACAUUCUCAUGAACCUAGUGUUUUACCUCUGCCCUUGCAGCCUGACCUUUGCUAGUUACAGGUGAACAGGUGAGGAUACACUGCACUUCCUCUCCCUCAAAAUACACUUUUUAAAAAAUUAAUUUUCCAUCUGAUUCUAGCAAAGAUUUUUUCCUUUCCUUCUGUUUGCCCCAGUCAUAGGAGAAAGAAGGGAUGGUCCUCCAUAGCAUAGUCUUCAUUAGGCAAAGCAAGAACUGCAUUCCCUGACGUGCAGACUAACUGGAGUAGAGACUGCAGACCAGCAGCGGCAGCACUGUGGUCCUCAGAGUGGAGGAACCGUCAGGUCCGUGUUUUGUCUUCGCUUCUGCUUUUGUAAGUCCUAGCUGUGGAGCGGUCAAGUGCUGGCCGGCAUGCUGCUCUCACCCGGGCUGAUCAUUCUUAUGCUGGGCACCUCACAGAAGCUUGAACUUGUGUCGUAUGCUUGUUCUAGUCAUUGCUUGUGUGAGCAUUUUUUGUGCCUUGUAAUAGAAAAUACACUUUUAAAUUCCAUCUCUUGCAUUCCUAAAAGCUUUUAAAAACAAGCUUAGCAACAAAAAGCAUCCAGCUGACUUUUCGACUCCAAGAUUAUUGAUUUUUUUUUUUGCAUUAAAUUUUUCAUAGCAAAAUAAAUUUUAUGGAGAGUCAGGGAAUAAAAAGUCAAAAGAAAUAUAGAAGCUUUUUAAAAAAAUGUGUUGCUUCUGAACUUUUCUCUGCCCCUGCACCCCAGCCCCGAUUGGUUUGUUACUGCUGCUUUUUCUUUCUGUAUCUGUGCCUUUUUUCACAGUAGUCCUUGGCUCUGCACGGAAUAAAUGGUCCCCUCAAAUCUAAUUGGAUGCGCUUUCGCCUUUGCAUGUAAGUACAGUAGUAAGAAAUCUUUGGGAUCUUUCUGACUUUCUAAAAUCAAAUGGGAUGGAAAGAUUUUUUUUUUUGGAGGUACGUAGAGAAAGAAUAGUCUGUAGCUUUUAAACAAAAGCUAAAUAUGUCCAAAAUGGCCACAUUUAUGUAUUUUUCACAGUUUGUUUUCCACUUUUUAAUCUCAUUGUGAAGUCAGAAACGACUGAUCCCAGCCUGUGCUCUGCAGUGUUAGGGGUAUCACAGGGGGCCCCGGAUUCUGACUAGGUAAUGAAGGGAAAGCAGCCUCCUUCUACUGAGAAAACCAAGAAGUCAGAACCACAGUCACUUUUUUUUGGCCAGAGGCUCUGGCCGGCCUCUGCCUGUAUCUUUGUUCAAGCAUAAUGACUGCUUCUUCUGAACUGCAGAUACCCGUAACAAUGGCAUAGAUGAUGAUGGAGAAGCAUGUAUGAGAAUUUAUUGGCAGUUCAGAGGGUUAUUUUCCCAGUUUAGGCUAUAGAGCAGUUAGUCCAGGUUUUCUCCCAAAGGGCCUGUCAACCGGGGAACUGUUUCAUGUAAUGCUGGGCACAGGCUUCUGAAAAUCCUUCUUCUCUGCUUUGUGACUCACCAGCAAUAACACAUUCUCUCUUUCUUGAGCACCUCGCAGGAACAGGUGCGGUUACCUCACCUUCCUGACAUACUCAUGUUUCACACGCAGUGUUGAGUCAGGCUUUCCAAUUGUCCCAAGCCGUGUCCUGCUGUCUCUGUGUGUUCCCACCAGAACUGUCCAUUCCGAUCCCUUGGCUUUGCCAUUUGCAGGUGCUGGAAUUAUCAAAUCUCAGCUUCCAAAAGUCCUGGUUCUCUUGGCAGGACACAUACGUGAUGACUCUUUAGCAGGAGUAUGACCUACAAAAUCUAGUUUGUAUGUAGGUAUGAAGGGGAUUUUUAAAAAAUAAAUUGAAAAGUAAGCUGUGAACAGCAUUAUAACUUUUGUCUAUUUCUUAAUUUUAAAAUAUGCUGAUAUGCCUUAAACUGUAGUUAUAGAUCCUUGUCAUUUUGCUGUUUGAAAAUAACCAGUGUUCCUGAAACUGUUGUGUAAUCUACUUUUAGUGUUAAUACAGAAUUGUCAUAUAUGUAAGCUGCAUGUUAGAUGCUUGUCUUUUUUUAAGAACUAAAACAAUUGUAUUGAUGUGAAGCGUAUUAUUGCUUAUUUCUUCAAGUAUGGAAGUAGUCCCUCAGCAGCCUGCUGGGUGGUUUGGUGUAUGUUAAGGUAGCAGGGCGAAUAGGUCAUCUAUGCACACGUAUCACUAGUGCCAAGACGAAACGCGGGGAAAUAUAUUUUUACCCAAAUGUC